AUCCGGUGACAGAGUGAUUCUUCAGACUUCAGACUUUGGAUUGAGUGCAAGAAAAAAAUGCUACUGCCAGGUCUGCUGUUCGUUGUUCUGGCUGUCGUUGGCGGACAGUCGGACGAAGGGUUCGACCAGUCGUCCAUUUACUACACCGAGCCAACUUUCAUUAACUCAAGUAGCGGCAAUGCGAACAGGGGCCUUACGGAACUAAGGGACGGUCAUAUUGUCAGGGGACAACGAGUACUGGAAAGAUCCAAAAGCCCUUAUCUGGUCCGGGAGGAUCUGUUCGUCGAACGGGACGGCGAACUGGUGAUCGAGGCAGGAGUAGAGAUUCGAUUCGGUCCUAUGAUCGGUAUCACUGUUCGUGGCAUCGUUACUGCGAAGGGUGAACCACAAGCGCCAAUUGUUUUGACAGCAGCUGAGGCGAACAAUCAGAUUCAUCCCGUUGAGUCGCCGCUAACGAUACGACUGGUUGACGGGCCGACUCCGUUCGAAGGUCGACUAGAGCUUUUCCAUCGGGGCGAGUGGCGAGCUGUAUGCACAAAUUCACGAAAUUGGACUCGAGCCGAUUUGGAGACGGCUUGCAGGCAGCUUGGUUUCCAAGGCGGUCGAUGGUGGUCAUGGAUGGACAGACAGUGGCCCGCGAAACCACGAUUGCUUUACGAGCAACCAGGUUGCAGAGGUACCGAGUUCACGUUGACAAGCUGCGAGAGGUGGUCCGACAGGCAACUCGGGGGAGGCGUUUGUGACUAUCAUCCUGAUCUUGGCGUCGGAUGUUUACCGCGUCACGACGGCGCCACGAAGGCGAUUAAACACUGGAGAGGUAUUCGCUUCGAAGGGGCCUUGUACGAACAUCCGCUGAUCCAAGAGAACACUCUUUAUAUACGAAAAUCGAAGUCGAUACUGCGGAACAUAGUGAUCGAGCACGCAGGAACGGGCCGAGAGUAUAAUGUUACGGCCGCGAUCGAUGUGGAAGGUGUCCCGCCACAGAUGGAGUCGAUUUCGGUUCUUCAUGCCGCCUUCACCGGCAUUAAUGUCACCACGCCGAACGCGCCUGUUGUAAUAAAUAAUUGUACAGUUCAGAACAACAGAGGGUAUGGAAUUUAUGUAAAUAGUUCGUCCGGAAUGACACAUAUCAAUGACUGUUCCGUAUUGGAUAACGGGGCGGACGGAAUCAAAUACGUUCACUUCGACGAACGACCCGAUGAUAGACUAGAUCGUACAGAAGUAUUCGAUCUGUGCACGUUUCCAACAACAGCCAGUCAGACGUUCCCUGUUAUAAUAUCCAUGGAACAGAGCAAAUAUGCACCGAACAUGAAACGGUGCCCACAACACAUUUUUACGCGGCCGGGACAUGUUAUCACGAUGCACUUUCUGCAAAUGAAGACAGACAGAAACAACAGCGCGAUCAUAGAGGUGUACGACGGUACCAGCGUCGCGGAGAAAUUAUUAGCCAGGGUCAGGAUCAAGAACGGCACGUUGCCACAGAGCGUGGCGACGACACGUCAGAAUUUGUAUGUCAAGUUCAUCGCUGAACCGCGAACCAAUACGCUUGUAUUCGUGCGAUUAUCGUCGGGCUACAAGAAAACGUACGAUCUCAAUGUGACUGGGAGCGUGAUCGCUGGCAACAAUGGCAGAGGAAUCGCGGCGGAGAAAUUACGUUCAGCCCUGCACAUUCACGAGACGUCUGUGUCCAGCAAUAAACACGUGGCUGGUGUACACGUGUAUGGUGGUGCUGCGGACGUGAAUGUCACAAGUAGUCGGAUAUCGUUCAAUACAGGGGACGGAAUUAAUAUCACCCAUAUAGGGGGAAACCGUAAUGUGUCGAGGACUAGCAUCUCCUCGAAUCAGGGCUAUGGGUUCGCAGUCUGGCUGAACGACAGUUCGACCACCGAAUACGUGAACUUCAAUCAGACAACCGUGGUGGAGUAUUCGCAGAUAUUUCGGAAUAGGGAUAUCGGUGUCCUUGUUGGCAACGCGACUGGUAAUUCGUACGUGAACGUGACCGGUAAUUGGUUCAAUAGCAGCACCGAGACGGCACUACAAGUGGAGUCCAGUUGGCGGCAGAAUGAAGGGCUGUUAAGGCUUCAGAUUGGUCACAAUUCCUUCGUGCAGAACGCGAAGCUUGGAAUUAAACUGAGCCCGGCGUUGAACUUGGAUGGAACCAUCGAGUACAAUCACUUCAGGGAACAAUCGAGCGGUUGUAUAUCGAUUAAAAAUCCUCUCUACGAGGAGUUCAACAUUCUACCCGCUGACAUCACGAUCAAGCACAACGAGUUUUACGGAAACCGUGGCGCUUUUGUGGUCAGCAUUGGCCUUUCGCCGUACAGCGAUGUGCAGAAAUUAUUAUUCACAAGAAACUUUUUGCGCGACAAUCGUGUCCGUGAACUGUUCGAUAAUGGUAACACGAUGGGAUCCAGAUUGGUACCGCGUUCCAGAGUAGCAGCGGCGGUUGUGGUUUCGUCCAGUAACGUUGAAGUUUUUCGUAACAUUCUACACAAUCCUGAGUCUAGAUAUGAAAUCGGGUCCCAUUUGGAGGAUCAAUCGAAAAUUAUUAAUUGUACUUACAACUGGUUAGGAUUCGCCGAAGAGAACCGAAUAUUCGAUAGAUUGUUUCAUAGAAAGGACAGAUACAAUCUUGCUAAGAUCGAUUACCUGCCGUAUUUGCUACAUAGCAGUAAUCCAGGUGCUACCACGAUUAUCUCUAAUCCAACGUUUGUGCCCCGGUUUCUCACGCCCGGUACAAAUUUAGUUGGCGGCGAGGUAGAUGGCCAGGAGUUAUUGAAUUCAGGAGAAUACAUUGUCGAACGUGACAUUAAUGUACGACCAGGUGGUAAAUUGACCCUUCACCCUGGUGUCACGUUGCUUUUCCCACCUGCUGUGGGUAUGAUGGUCGCUGGCAAGCUCGAUGCCCGUGGAAAACGACCUAGCGAUAUUUUAUUUACCUUGAAAGAGGAGGUCAUCAUGGACCCGGAUAACCAAACGAUGAUGGUGGAGGGACUGAACGAGAUGAACGAAAUAGAGGCGCCUGUGCGACUUCUUGGAGGGAAGACCAAUCUAGAGGGUAGAUUACAGGUGAAAGUUGGCGAGAAAUGGGGAACUGUCUGCAACUACGGCUGGACCAUCCGUGACGCGGCCCUAGUCUGUCACCAAUUGGGCUUAACUUUAGAUCCGGAUUAUUGGCUCAUGCAACGCUCCCAGAUUCCAAACGCGGGCAUCAAUGAAGAUAUCAUUCUCAGCAAUGUUAGAUGUACAGAGGACGACAACGACAUCUCCAAGUGUCGUGCAGAAACCGCGGAGAACUUCGAGAAUUCCUGCAGCCACGAGAACGACGUGGGCGUUAGGUGCUCAGAGGCCGCGUGGGCGGGUCUGCGAUUGGGCCCGCUAGCUCAAAGAAGCGAUCUCCAGUAUGUGACCAUUGAAAAGGCUGGCUUACUUGAUUAUGCCACGAACUCGUUUAAGCCAGCUCUACAAAUUGACUUCGCUAAACACUCGUUGGACAGCGUCCGAGUCAUCGACAACCUACAGGAUGGCCUAGGAGUCCUUUAUUCAGAUAUAUAUUCAGCCGACGCGAUUAAUACCGUAAGAAACAGCGAUUUCUCUCAGAAUGGAGGCAGCGGUAUCAGCUUCAAGCAAUUAGGAAUGGAGAUCAUCAACUCCAGAAUAGAGAACAAUAAGAUAGCUGGGAUAAGACACAAUCCUGCUCUAUCUGCUGUCCAACAGAGAGAAUUUGCUGGGUGGUUCUUACGGGCACCAGAUUCAAUCGAUUCUUCCUACGAUCCGAUCGUCAUACCGUACCACAUGCGGGACAUUGAGCUUUCUAACGAAGAGACAAAGUAUAUUAUUACGGUUAAAGUCAACGGUGAUUCCAUCAGACAACGUAUUAACAUUCGAUGCAGGCCAGGAUACGUUAUCGGUAUCCAGCUCCUCAAUCCUAUUGAAAAUCGAAGUACAGAACAGAUUGUCAUACACGAUUCACAGUAUGUUGAUCUCAAUCGAGAUGUCUGGCAUGUGAAAAGGGAUCUGUCUGUGUUCCCUGUUACAUCCAGCUCGUUCACUGUAGUACUGGAUUAUGAUAGUGGGACUAAUGCGCUUGGCGGAGCUGUGAUCGUUAUUACAGCGAUUCAGGCCCCAAUACAGGAUAUAAGGAGUAAAAUUGUAAGAGGGCCGAUUCCGACUCUUUUGGUCACAAAAUCCAAAAUCAAGAACAAUAAAAAAGGAAUCCUCGCGUCGUUUUACAACAGAUACUUGGACGAAAUUGGUGACCAUUUUCUACGAAAGGCUAACGAAUCCGUGCAGCUAGUCGGCUGUGAGAUAUCUCAUAAUCAGGAGGAAGCGAUUUAUGUAAACUCGCCUUAUUGGAACAUCUAUCGAACCAACCUGUCCGAGAUCGCGAUCCAUAUUAAUGACAGUCUGAUCACCGAUAAUGGUAAAGGUAUAUAUCAGUUCAGCCGUGACGCGAGAUACUCGAACAACCUCUUCCAUUGGAUAAUGCAAGACAGUACCGUGGAAAGGAAUCGAAGGGGUGGCUUUGAUGUAUUAUUACCAGACGUGUGGCAGUAUAACGAGAACUUCACGCAUACUUUGUACUUUGACAACAACACCUGGCGGAACAACGAACAGUACAGUUUCAUAGUGGACGGUCAUUACGCCACGCUGAACAUUUCUCACAACCGUUUCGAGGGGAACCGUUGCAAGACUGGUCUAAUCUCGAUCCGCGGAAUGGAGAAAAAGAUGCAAAUCAAUAAUAAUCGUAUAGAGAGCAACACCGGUGUUUACAUGGUGGAGUUCAAAGCGGACAGCCAGUCUGAAAUUCUGGGAGACGUGCAUGCUCGUUUCAGUCAUAAUGAAAUUAAACAGAACAGCUAUGAUCUGGCUGGUAUGGGGCCACGUCGUACGGAUGAUAGUCCAAGUUACGUGGUUGGGUUCCACGGUAUCCAAAAGGUGCAGAUAAUUAGGAAUCUGUUCGGUCAGAAUUCUUUGGACUAUGAACUGUUGGCUGGUAUCAGAACGGCUAAGAUUAAUAAUGAAGUUGAUGUCACUGAGAAUUGGUGGGGUACUCCUGAUGAUAUUGAUAUAAGGCGAAGAAUAUUCGACUUCGACGACUGGAAUGACCACGCUGUGGCCAAUUACAGGCCCUUCUUGACCAGUGAUACCUUCGAUUCCUCAGUUUCCGCUUCCUGGCAGAUUGCAAAGGAGGUGGACUUGGACAAUUUGGGCGGUCGUAUCGUAGAGAACUUGUCCAUACACGCCAGGGAUAAACCUUACGUGAUACGAUCGGACAUCACCGUUAUGCCGGAAGCCACAUUGCACAUUUAUCCAGACGUGGUAAUGGAGUUUGCCCCCAACGUUGGGAUUCUGGUUUUGGGCACACUGAAGGCCGUAGGUGCGCCUGGCCACGAAAUCAUAAUGAAGCCAAUGGAACGUAACGAUACAAAUGAUUCUGCGAACCCAAGACCGACCAAGACUUCCGGAAAUAUCAUUUCAAUGUCGGAAGAGACUAUUCGCUUGUGCAAAGAUGGCCGAUGUUCUUCCUUGUACAACGAAGGAUUUUUGGAAUUUUUCAAUAAAACAACUUUGCAAUGGAUACCUCUGUGCGACAAUAGAUUCACCGAAAGAAACGCACAAGUGGUCUGUCGUCAAUUAGGACACGAUUCGCUAAAUGUUUACGUGUCCCAUGACCGCAGAUACGAGCUUCAUCCUGGCUCUCUGAUUCGCGUCUGGUCCUGGCCAGAACCGUUACAGUGCACUGGAAAAGAAGAGAAAUUAGAGGAUUGUCAGAUUCGAUUGAACGGUCAGCUCUAUGGUCACCGAUACGAGUGUCCAUGGGACAACCAAUUCGUCUUCAUAAACUGUGGAAAACGGAAUCUGGACGACGCACAUGAUUACUGGGGCGGGAUACGUGUCGCGAACAGCGAGUUUGAGCAUCAUUUGUACGAGCAUCGUAUUCACGACGUGGUCACCCAUGAAACAGUCAGACGCAUUGAGUCUGUAUUGAAAUACAUCAACAUCACUGGCGCUGGAAUUCUCCAUUUCGAAAAGUCAGCUGCCUUGCAGACUAUCAUGAAGUCCCCAGCCAUAAUGCACGUUAACGUGACACGUAGCGCUUACCAUGGGAUCAACGUGAUAUCCCCAACUCACACUGUUGAAUUGUUAUUCAAUACUGUGGACAAUGUUCUUGGAAAUGGCGUGAACGUGCUCUCGAUAACGGGGGAGGGUCGUGAAGCUGACGAAAGUUCAUUCACUCCUAUUAAGGAUCUGAAUAUCCCUUAUCAUCUAUUCAGCAUGAUCGAUAUAUGCGACACAACCAAGGAGAUCACGUUGGAGGAACGAGUGAUUGUGUAUUACAAAUACGACAAUCAUCCAGUGAAUUGCGUGAAAAUCUUCCGCAGUGCUUACAAGGCGAAGCCGUUUGGAUUUAGGCUUCUGCAGUUCAAUCUUUUUAACUCUACUGGAAAGCCAGGUCGCGUAGAUAGUAUAACUUUGUACGAUGGAGAUAUUUAUAACGUCACUGCCAAGAGUAUAGGUCGUUUGGAAGCUAACAGUCCUGACGAGAAGAAGCUAUUCAAGACUCAGGAGCCCAGUCUCAGUGUGAGUCUGUUCGCUAAUGGUGCAAGUAGUGUGCACGGUUUCAUCGCAGAAGUAGUCACUCUACCAAUCUCUGCCAUUGGAUUUAAUCGUGAUGUGCAACACAACAUUUCUUAUUCUGUGAUAUCGAACUGCCGGGAGGGAGCGAUCAAGUAUGCUAGCGCUGGCGAAGUAAACGCUAUAAUGACUCUAGAGCGUAAUCAAUUCACAAACAAUUGUGAGAAAUUAUAUGGUAACUUCUCGACGUGCAAAUCUGCCAUCUGGUUGGAUGUUCAGAACACCCAGUCCUUAUUCUUUAGAAACAAUUUGGUCCGUAAGAAUCAAGGUGGACUCUCCAUUCGCGCUGACUCCAGGGGUUCAGCGACUUCUUUGAAAGGAUGGAUUCACAAUAAUAUGUUCGCUGAAAACUUCAACAAACCUGCACUAUAUGUAGAAGGUCGUCAAAGCAGUCCGUAUCAAGAAGUGACGAUAUUCAGGAAUUACUUUACGAAGAACAACGCUCCGUACGAUAAUAACGUCGUCUUGAAACAAGUAGUCAGUAACAUGACCCUUAAUUAUUUACACGGCAAUCUUGGUGCGCAUCUUCUAGAAAUUUCAGGAUUCGAAAGAGUUCGAUUGCCCAUUUAUCAAAGUACAUCUCAUAAUGGAUUUUAUAAAAAUUAUGCAGUGGACCGUAAUGGCCGCAGUACAAUAGUGGCUGGUACUCCUGGUCAACAGUACGUCGACAAUGUCUUCUUCAAUCCAGACAAUGAUUAUGAAAUGCUCACCGUAAAUCGAUCACAACAACUAGAAAUGUGGAGGUCCCAUAUAGAUGCAAGGCAUAAUUGGUGGGGAUACAACGAAACUCUGGCGGUAGCUGGUAGAAUCAGAGACAGAGGGGAUUCUCCUGAACUACUCCAAGUUGAUUACCAACCUUUCCACAUGAGCAAUAAAUCCGUUCUGAAUGGAAAAUGUCCACCCGCGUGGGAUCUUGUGGGUGACACAUGCUACAUAUACAUUGGUGCUCCUAUGGACUUUUAUAGCGCUAGAGAUUUCUGUAGGUCGGUGAACGCAUCAAUGCCAUUUAUCAUGGGUGAUUAUUUGGAGCUUUGGCAGUUUCUGCGGAAACAACAGGAACGUUAUGAUUUUUCGGACCGUGCUUGGAUACAACAGUUAGACAGAGUAGAUCAGUGCACGACGUUCACGUACCAAACUAUUGAAAUAGAUCACUGUGCUCAGCCAAGUCCUUUCAUUUGCGAAAUUGAUCCCAGAGUGGACAUUGAUCCGUUAUCAUGGAGGAAAGACAUUGUAGCUGUAGCUGUAUUAGGGGCAGCAGGCGUGGCGCUUGCAUUAUUAACAGCUGCCAUUGCACUUUGGGUGUCUAAAUCGAAAAGAAGAAACAUCGAAAGACUGGAAAGACGAAAUUCUAUCAGACAGUCCCUGCAUUCUUUAAGAUCCGUCGGUUCUACGUCUGGAUUCACUGAACUUGCUUAUCGUCGUAAACCUAUUACGACAAAACAUUCUACGGACACACUGAACUCAAAGUCCCUGGAUUACAAAAGAAUGCUCAAUGGAGGAAGCAUAGACUCCAUGGACAAGUCUCAAUUGAACUCCUCUAUGGAGGACAAUCAAAGCUACGACGUGUACGAAGCUCACAAUCCACGGUACUCGCCCAGCACCAGUGACUUCAAGAGUACAGCACAGAAGUUCGGAGCCGCUCAAAGCGGAGAAAAUCCAGUGUUCGACCUAACCUACCGCAAUGAAGGUUUCCGUAACCAUUCUACGUUCACUUCAAGAAGUACUACUGACUGGCCUAUAGAAUCUCACACUGAGACAACCACGGAUGAAACCCCAGUUGUGGAUGCUACACAGGAGAGUUCAUACCUGCAUAAUACGUCCACACUUCCACUGCACUCGAGCCUCGUUUUAAAUGAUUCCAUCAGCGAACUGAAACGCGACAUUGAGGCAACAGCUUACAGUCCCGUGGACUAUGAUGUUAGACGUAGCUACGAUAAUGCAACAUUAACGCCAAGCCAGGCAUCCGAACCUGUGCCUGAAUACGCCCCAGACUUCAAUCCUCCUAUACCACCUCAUCCCUAUCAUCAGUACGACGACAGUAGACCAAGAAGCGAGGCGCUUUUAGAAACUAAUUUGGACAAUGGAGAGGAGAAACCAUUGAGAUCGAAGAGCGAAGCUCUGUUGGAGACCAAUUUAGAUGUAUUCCUCGCCAACGAACCCACAGAACUGACUCAGCUGUCUGCUGGAGCGAGAAGUAAGAGCCAACCUCUCGAGACAGCAAUGUAAACUGCCUUCAAUAGGCUAGUUGUAUGAAGAUUUUGGACUGCAGUGUGCAACGACACUUAGAUUCAACUCCGAUCACAUAGGAAGAAGACUUAAGUGAGAUUAAGUAAACCCACCGAGUUUUACAUUUAAGACAGUGGAUCAUAACAAAUACAAUUGAUACGACGGUACAUCGCUGGGUCUUUUGAUGUUCAUUAAGGCUUCUUCCUUACCCGACUUACAAUUAGUAUUGUUCUUGAAGACUAGAUCUCAACACUCACUUCA